AUGUCCCUCGGCCUGAUGGACCAUUUCGCUCUGUGGUCGGCUGUCCGCAGAUUGUGCGCGGUUCUUGCGCUGAUCCCGCUGCACUUCGCCAUGCUGGGGGUUUCCGCGCCUGCACCUGACGCGGGGCCACAUGUGAACUCUGGCUGGGAUCAGACCAUAAGGUUCAUGCACCUGUACACCGCCCAGGCCAAAGGCAGCUUUCUCAGUUAUCACCUCCAGAUCAAUGACGAUGGUACUGUUGACGGCAGUCGCGAACGGAGCUCCCACAGUCUUCUGGAGAUGAGGUCAGUGGCUCCGGGCGUGGUGGCGAUCAAAGGCUAUCGCAGCGGCCGCUACCUGUGCAUGGAAAGGAACGGGAGACUACUCGGCUCGCUGUCCUACAACGAAGGAGACUGUUCAUUUGAAGAGCGACUGCUGUCGGGCACCUAUAACGUCUACUGGUCGGAGAAGUAUGGGGCAGCCCGUGUCUCUGAGCAGCAGGAGACACCGGGGCCACGUUUCGGGGGAGGACGUUGCCCCCUCUCUCUCAGUUCUUGCCAUACGGAACACUCCCCCUCUUCACUGGACCCCGACGACGAAUCUGGCAAAUGGAUGAACACCCCUCUUCAUUUAUUCAAACGAAUAGCAUGGACCCCCUUGACUUCACAUACGAAGCCACAUGAACACCUGUCGCUAACGUUUAUACUCUGCCUUCCUGAGAGUUGUCUGUUUUGGUUUGACUGUUUAGUGUUUGCUCCGCAGUCUGGCCACCAUGCCUCUCCUUUCCAGAGCCCGCUAACCCCUUUCAGGAUUGUGACUUAAGAUGCAGCCACAUUUUAGAAGGCAUUCCCUUCACUUUUUUUUUACUCCAAUACAAGUGAAGUCAUUAGAGCACGUUGCCCAAACCUUGGGGUUUGCAGUGCUAUAGAGCAUAG